UCGUAUUCAGUCAUAACCUCUCAAGGAAAAAUAUUUUGGAAUCAGGGGUCUCUUUCAAUUUCAAUCUUUGCCCUGCUUACAUACCAUGGCAUCUCAGUUCUUCAAGAAAGUUGUAACAUCAAGAGUACCUUUAACAAGAUGCUACAGUGGGGAGUUACGCAAGGCAACACUGAUCCCUGGUGAUGGAAUCGGACCCGAAAUAUCGGCCGCAGUCCAGAAAAUAUUUACCGCCGCUAAAGUGCCAGUAGAGUGGGAAUCCGUGGAUGUGACACCGGUGAGAGGACCAGACGGCAAGUUUGGCAUUCCACAGGGAGCGAUUGACUCGAUGAAUCGCAACAAAAUCGGUCUGAAGGGACCCCUUAUGACACCUGUUGGAAAGGGGCAUAGAUCCCUUAACCUGGCCCUCAGAAAAGAGUUCAACCUGUACGCCAACGUGAGACCUUGUCGGUCGAUUGAAGGCUACCCAACACUGUAUGAUGAUGUGGACGUGAUCACCAUCAGAGAGAACACGGAGGGAGAGUACUCGGGCAUAGAGCACGAGAUUGUGGAUGGAGUCGUGCAGAGUAUCAAGUUGAUUACGGAGGAGGCCUCACGGAGAGUUGCAGAGUUUGCGUUCAAAUACGCACGGGACAAUGGCCGACAAAAGGUCACAGCUGUGCACAAGGCUAACAUCAUGAGGAUGUCGGACGGUCUGUUCCUGCGGUGUUGUAGAGAGGCGGCAGAGAAGUUUACUGAUGUCAAGUUUGAGGAGAAGUACCUGGAUACAGUGUGUCUCAACAUGGUCCAAGACCCCAACAAGUACGACGUCCUGGUGAUGCCUAACCUGUACGGUGACAUCCUCAGUGACUUGUGUGCAGGACUCAUCGGCGGCCUCGGGCUCACUCCCAGCGGCAACAUCGGCCUCAGCGGCGCACUCUUUGAGUCGGUGCACGGUACAGCACCAGACAUCGCUGGCAAGGACCUAGCCAACCCCACGGCCCUGCUGUUAUCUGCGUGUAUGAUGCUGCGCUACAUGGAGCUGAACCAGUAUGCAGACAAGAUACAGAAGGCGUGCCUAGACACCAUCAAGGAGGGCAAGUACCGCACCGGGGACUUGGGCGGAAAAGCCAAGUGUUCAGAGUUUACCAAUGAAAUUUGUGACAAGGUCGCAUGAACAAAGUAGGCAAUUAGGCAGUUUUUUCUUAGGAACCAGUAUUUAUUUUCAACGACAAGGUUUUCUAAAAACCCCCUCGCUGUUGUGAAUCCCGAAAUGCUAGGAAAUGUUUGAAUGUACUCGCCAAAGGUUAGAGUUGUUGAUUUAUGACACUGUUAAAAUAUUGCAUAAUUUAUUGUAAAUUUUCGGAACUUAAAAAGUUAGUUAAUUUUAUUCUGUGACAGGGUCUGCGCCAUAAAAACUGUAUAUAGAGAAAUAUUUCUGGAUCCAAACGAUUCCUUUGUUUGCAACCAUCCUAUGUACAGUAUAUUUUGUUUUAGUCUUUUAGGAAUACUCGUUCAAUUUUUUUGUUACUGUGUGUGAUUCCUCAUCUAUUAGAGUAUUAGGCCUACUACAGCAAAAAACUGUUUCUACCGGGUAACCAUCACAUAAGUUAUUUAAUAGUGUCUUCCUUCACAUAAUCAAAGUUCUGUUUAUUUUCCGUAUCGGAAUUAUUUACAUAAUACGAGAUAUUUAUAAAUGAAAAUACUUGUUAAAAAUACUCAUUCUACAAAAUGUAUUGAUAUACUAGUCAGUAUUUAAAUUAUUAUAUAGGUUGUAAAAUAAAAGCACUGGGCGGUUACUGACAA